GAACCCUAGUAGCACAGUAUGUUACUGCAACGUUGCAACAACAUUGCCAAUGUUGUAUUAUGUUGCGCUAACAUUCUUCAACAUUAGAUAAUGUUGCUGCAAUGUUACCAAGCAACAUGCUGAUAACGUUGCUCUAAAGUGGUCUUUUUCACAUUGCAGCAAUAUUGUCAAAUGAUGAAUAAAUGUUGAACCACCUACGAUGACAUUGCUAUAACAUUCAUGCUAUAGGCUAAUUGUCUGCCCUCUCGGGCUAUUUCUGAAGCCCAAAUAGAAAAGCCGGUACCAGCUAGAUCACUUCUCCUCACCAUUACUACAUUAAUUUUUUUUUUUUUUGCUUCGAGCGCAAGCUUGCAUGUGGUGUGCAUACAGCUGGCGAGCAGUGCAAGUGUACUUAACUAUGUCACACUGAUGUAAAAAUAUAUACCUGUAUCGAAAAUAUUUCUAAACAGCUGAAAUAUCUGUUUUUUUAUUAAGCAGGCGGUCUAAAUAAAAACUGCCGAAAAAAUUGAGUUCUGGUUUCACUGACGCUCCGCAGUCUAAUGGCCAUGGAGAUCAUCACAAAUCCAAAUCGCGGUACAGCCGAGAGCCCAUUUCCUUCUUCCAUGCCUUCUUCCAUGCGACAGCCAGCCCUGCGACGCGCGCUCAUCUAAAAACGUGCCACUCAGCGGCAGUCGUGUCAAAGUCCGCGUUUUUUGUUGUUCUAGCAUAGUUUUUUUUGCAGUCGCCGUGCCUGUGCUUUUUUUCUUGUAGCUUCUCUGCAAUUCAACUGAAAUGGCGCAGGCUUGCUCCGAGGAUGACCUCAGUGGUAAGUGAUUUCUACUCAUUGUUGUGCUGUAACACGUGUUGGUUGGCACAAAUUUAGCCAUGCCCUUCGUGAUGGUUUUAAGUGCUACAUUCGUUGCAUCAUGAAGAGAGUGAAGCGUUCACUAAGUGAAGUGUCCAUUCGGCAACGACGCCGAAGAAUAGCAGAGGCUGUUCACGGCGAACUAGAAAAUUGUUUGGCCGUUGUUGAUAAUGGUCGUGACAGCAGAUUGUGCGCAUCAGGAGCAGAGCAGGAUCAAUACGCCUUUUUGUCGCAUAAUGUCGUUUUAUCCUCUUUAUCAGUGCCAGGCGAGGACGCAGAUGAAAGCCGCAGUUCCAACUUGUCAGAUUUUGGCACCUCUAGCGGCAUCUCUGACAUAGGAAGUGCAACGUCAGACUUGUCGCGGAUUUCUGACGAUGACGAGUUGGUGGAGUGUGAAGAUAGGAUGACACCUGAGUCUGGUGCCGCUACUCAGUGUCUAGAGUACGACUUGCGUGUAUGGGCUAUUAAUAGUAAAUUGCCUGCUUCACACCUGAAUUCCCUGCUUAAAGUGCUCAAGCCAUACCAUCCAGAGUUACCCUCGGAUGCUAGAACAUUGCUAAAGACGCAGAGGCAUACUGAUCUGGCAGUGAUGACCGGUGGUCGUUACCACUAUUUUGGAAUUUCUCGUUCUUUGGAAGAACAUGUUGCACAUGUUCCUGCAGAUUGUCGGACAUUGUCACUCAUUGUGAACGUAGACGGCCUUCCGCUCUCCCGCAGCUCGAGAAAGCAAUUCUGGCCGAUUCUCGUGCUUGUAAAGGAAAGUUCACACUCCUCUCCAUUUGUUGCUGCUCUCUAUGAGGGUGACAGCAAGCCUGGAGAUGUGACCUUGUACUUAAGUGAUUUUGUCUCCGAAAUAAGGAAGCUGCUUGAGGAGGGCCUUAUGUACAAUGGCAAGGUCUAUGCUGUGAAAAUCCAUGCAUUUGUGUGUGAUGCCCCAGCAAGGGCUUACAUCAAAUGCAUUAAGGGCCAUACAGCCUAUUUUGGAUGUGAAAGGUGCACUCAAAAGGGUGCAUACUCUGCACUUGACAGGAAAAUCAUUUUUGAUUCCCAUGACAGUCCCUUGCGCACUGAUGAAGAUUUCAGGAGCUUUGCCCAAGAACAUCACCACCAUAGCGAGUCUCCGCUGCAGUGUUUUGGUGUUGGGAUGGUCACACAGUUCCCACUAGACUAUAUGCACCUGGUUCUCUCAAUUCAUACCCAAGACUGUCAGGAGAGCACUCUAAUGGACCUGUGCCACCAGGGUUUCAAGGCAGACAGUACUCUUUGCUAG